AUGUUUAUUUAUUAUUUAUAUUUAACUCCUAUAGUUGCUUUAGUAUUAAUUGGUAUUAAUUAUAUGUUAGCUGUUCAAAAUUCUUAUGUUGAAAAAGAUGGACCUUUUGAAUGUGGAUUUACUUCAUAUUUACAAUCACGUUCAGCUUUUAGUGUUGCAUUUAUUUUAGUUGCUAUAUUAUUCUUACCUUUUGAUUUAGAAAUAUCUUCUAUUUUACCUUAUGUUAUUAGCGCUUAUACUAAUAAUUCUUAUGGUUUAAUAAUUUUAAUUAUAUUCUUAUUAACUUUAGUUCUUGCAUUUAUUUUUGAAAUUAAUUUAGGUGCUUUAAAAUUAGAAAGAAAAUUUGAAAUUAAAACUAAAGAAUUAAUUAGAAAAUUAUAUAUUCAUUAA